GCCUACGCUGGAGGGCCGAAUCCGCCGAAUUCUCUCCCUGAAAUUCCCAGCCCACCAGUGUAAAGAGCGGUAGGGUUUCCGAUUCCUUCCACGGUGCCCACCCCCGCGUGCAGCUUAAGGCGAACGCCUCUAUCUGCGCACGCCUCGCCCGGCCCCCUCUCUCAUCGCCCGCCGCCGCCGCCAUGGGGAGGGGAAAGUUCAAGGGAAAGCCCACCGGCCGACGCAACUUCUCCACCCCCGAGGAGAUCGCUGCUGGUACUUCAGGUCGCCCACGCACAUUCAAGAAGAAUGUAGCUGAAGAGGAGGGAGAGGAAGAAAGAGAAGAGUCUGAAGAGGAAGAAUCUGAAGACGAGUCUGAUGACAAGCCUAAACAUAAAGGAACCGAAGGUCUUAUUCAGAUUGAAAAUCCAAACUUGGUGAAAGCAAAGAAUAUAAAGGCCAAGGAAGUUGAUCUUGGAAAGACAACUGAACUCUCAAGGCGUGAAAGAGAGGAGAUUGAAAAACAGAAAGCUCAUGAACGUUAUAUGAAGCUUCAGGAACAAGGGAAAACGGAACAAUCCCGGAAGGAUUUGGAACGUCUUGCUUUAAUAAGACAACAAAGGGCGGAUGCUGCAAAGAAACGUGAAGAGGAGAAAGCAGCCAAGGAGCAGAGGAAGACUGAAGGGCGGAAGUAACUGCAAUAAUUAUGGACCAUGAAGGCAUGAGCUGCGUUGGAUGGAUAUUUGUUUCGCAUGCAUCAAUUAUCUUUUAAACUCGGUCUCUAUUCUAUAUUACCAUAAAAAUAUGCAUUGACUAGCAGUAAAAAGUCUUGUGGUCGUGGCUUGCUGUAAACUUGAGCUUGGAAAAUUCAAAUGUAGUAAGAUCAGUUUGUGGAGAA